AGAGAAGAGGGAAGUGAAAAGAUGUUAAAUACCAACUCCAGCUCACCCUGGUCAGCCUGGAGGUCUGGCUUCUCAGUCAACAUGAAGGCUCUCUUUAUUCUGGGGCUUCUCCUCCUUUCUGUCACUGUCCAGGGCAAGGUCUUUGAGAGAUGUGAGCUUGCGAGAACACUGAGAAGAUUUGGACUGGAUGGCUAUAAGGGAGUCAGCCUGGCAAAUUGGAUGUGUUUGAUCUAUGGAGAAAGCCGAUAUAACACACAAGUUACAAACUACAAUCCUGGAAGCAAAAGCACGGAUUAUGGGAUAUUUCAGAUCAACAGCAAAUGGUGGUGUAAUGAUGGCAAAACCCCAAGAGCAGUUAAUGGCUGUGGUGUAUCCUGCAGUGCUUUGCUGAAAGAUGACAUCACUCAAGCUGUAGCAUGUGCAAAGAAGAUUGUCAGUCGGCAAGGCAUUACAGCAUGGGUGGCGUGGAAAAACAAGUGUCGAAACCGAAAUGUCAGCAGUUAUAUUCAGGGUUGCAAACUGUAA